GGCAGCGCGGCGGUCGGGGUGGCCGAGGUGAGAAGCUGGCGUUGCUGCUGCCUCGGCAGCACCUGUUGGUGCCGGAGCCUCGUGCUGGUGUGCGUGCUGGCCGCCCUGUGCUUCGCUUCCCUGGCCCUGGUCCGCCGCUACCUGCAGCACCUCCUGCUCUGGGUGGAGAGCCUCGACUCCCUACUGGGCGUCCUCCUGUUCGUCGUGGGCUUCAUCGUGGUCUCGUUCCCCUGCGGCUGGGGUUACAUCGUGCUCAACGUGGCCGCCGGCUACCUGUACGGCUUCGUCCUGGGCAUGGGGCUGAUGGUGGUGGGCGUCCUCAUCGGCACCUUCAUCGCCCAUGUGGUCUGCCGGCGGCUGCUGGCCGCCUGGGUGGCCGCCAAGAUCCAGAGCAGCGAGAAGCUGAGCGCCGUUAUCCGCGUGGUGGAGGGAGGAAGCGGCCUGAAGGUGGUGGCGCUGGCCAGACUCACCCCCAUUCCGUUUGGGCUGCAGAACGCCGUGUUUUCGAUUACUGAUCUCUCAUUACCCAACUAUCUGAUGGCAUCUUCAGUUGGACUGCUUCCUACUCAGCUUCUGAAUUCUUACUUGGGUACCACCCUGCGGACAAUGGAAGAUGUCAUUGCAGAACAGAGUGUUAGUGGAUAUUUUGUUUUUUGUUUACAGAUUAUUAUAAGUAUAGGCCUCAUGUUUUAUGUAGUUCAUCGAGCUCAAGUGGAAUUAAAUGCCGCUAUUGUAGCUUGCGAAAUGGAACUGAAAACUUCUCUAGUUAAAGGCAGUCAACCAAAUACCAGUGGUUCUUCAUUCUACAGCAAGAGGACCCUAACAUUUCCUGGAGGUGGAAUCAAUAUUGUGUGAUUCUAAUGAAACUUGUAAUUGUCAAGAGCCUAGUGCACUGUCCAAAGUUUAGUAGUCACUUCUCUAGUGGGCAGAGACAAGUUCGAUUUGUAUUAUGGCACAAACAAAACUGACUAGUUUUUAAAUUGCACAAUUUUUUUAAAGCAAAAAUCCUUUUCUGGAUAUGUAAUUGUAGAUGCAAUUUUGGCUGCACUUCUUUAUCAUGCCUGUAAUGGCUCUAGGUCUGCACUUUAGUGUCUUUUAAUUGUUUAAUUGGUGGGGACUUGCAAACAGAGAAAUAGCCCAAAUAUUUUUUCUGCUUAGUGUUUUAUUUAUAAAGUCCAUGUAUAGUUUUCUGCGUCUGUCUUACUUAUAGUUUUAAAUGUGUACUAUUGUUGGAUGUUCUUUGUUAGGAAGCUUGUCCCAAAGGGAAAAAACGAUGUUUUCUGUUUGUUUUAUUGAUUUAAGUGGGACCACUUUGCUUCCCUUUCUUCCCUUGUUAGAAAACAUAUUGACUUUCAGUUGAAUGUAUUUCUGCAAGCAUCACAUUAUUGCAGGGCCAUUUACACAUUUUCACACAAGCUUAAAUCCUACAUUGUGGGACUGAAGUGCUCUUAAGAUACUUUUUAUUUUCACUGUGUAAUAUGCAAAGCAGAAGGGAAAUUGUUUAGUGGGUGGUGGCUCAAAGUGAGAAUGCCCACCCAUUCAAAUUUGAUUACAUUCGCUUUACCUUCUUUGUCAGAUCCCUCAUCAAAGGGCUGUCCAUUGCAAUCCUACUAAAAACCAUUUUAUUAAGAUGAACUUUUUCAUUUUUAUAUUAAUAAUGAGGCUUUGAAAUAAAGAUAUUAUUCCUUUAAAAUGGUGGGCUUGCCAUCAUUGAAGUUGUCACUCAGGUGGCCUUGUUUCAUCAGAACGCCUUUUUUAAAAAAAAGCUUUAACCUCAUGUUUAUAGUUCCAUUGAAGUACUUACAUAUUUGUCCCCAUAGUCUUCAGCUUUAAAACAAAAUACAGUAACUUAAUGCCCAGAUGUGUAUUAUUUACGCUACUAUAAAUAAGUUUGUUUUGUUUUUUGGUACUUGUUUUUUCUCUGAUAAGACUCAGGAAUUCUGAAAUGUGAAAUUAAGUGUCUCAAUUAUUUCUUUUGUAGCAUGAAUAAAAGUGUAUUUAUUAAUUGCACUUAGAACUAUAGGAUAAAAUAUAGCAUAUGAUUUGUAUGAAACAUAUUAAUCUGAUUUUUAAAAUAGUUUAAUUGUGAAUUUAAUAAGUAGAUGUUUUACAAAUUGAUUACAGAUAUUAGUAUAAAAUUUCUGCUAGGUAUCUCUUUUUUGGUAUAAAUAUCCCAACUUAUCAGAGACCUCUUAUUUGCCUUUCCUUAGGGUAAAACCUUUACCCUGAUUUGCUAAAAUACAAAAGAAUUCUUGGAAGCAGGUUAUUCUUGUCUUAUGCUAGAGAUGAAUUUGAUCCUUUUAAUAAGGAGAUUUUUUUCCCUAUACAAAUUGUUUUCCUUUUCUGAACAAUCCAUCAGUUCUCUUAACUGUGAGCAGCAGCACACUUGAGUGUAACUAGGCAGGGUACCUAGGUAUGGAGUAUAUGACAGACCUACAAUCUUCCACUUUUAAAGAAAAAUUCUGUGUUGUAGUGGAAUAUUCUUUUAUGGCUUCUACCUAGUUUUUUUUUUAAAUGAUUACAAUUUAACAAAAUAAAUGAUGCAUCUGAUUUAUUCUUUUACAUGUAACUUAGCAACAUUUUUCUUGUGUUUGGUUUUGUUCAAGGAACCGUUAUUUAAGGUCACUGUUUUCCUCUCUAUUUUACACUUCAUAUAUUUUGAAGUGUAUUUAUUUUCAUAGUGUUUGGGACUUGAAUAACUUCACCAAAUGAAUACCUUUUGGUAGUUUGUAAAGCUUUCUUCCAAAUGUUACACUUUGCUUGGUACUUGUACUAAAUACAUAAAGGUAAAAGAGAAAUAAUUUUUCUGUAUUCUGCCAAUCAUAAUUUUAUAUAAUAAAAUCAUCCUUUUUUUCUUAAAAUGGUAUGAAUUGACUGUUUUUAAGAGUCUAGUCUGUAGCUGCACUUUGCCUUUUCUUCUGCAUUUCUAACCUCGUAGUAUACAGCUGUCCAUUAGUGAGCUGCUGUUGGAUUUGGUUCUGGGUGUUUAGGUGUACUUACUGUAUUCUGUACAGAGCAUUGCCAGACCUCCUGCACUCCAACUUUAACCCACAUCCUCAACUUAGGGAAGCCCAGCACGUUUGCAGAGUGCUUUCAUGUUGCCAGGAUGUUGUCUCCAGUCAUAUAUAUUUAUGAAUUGCCUUUAGCCAUGAAUAGUUACGGAAAUGAGAGGCUUUACAAGUUUUUUCAAACCAUUUUAAAAGAACAUCAUGAAGCUGAAUUGUUUUAAAUUCACCUGAAAAAACAUACAGUCUCUUGAGUCUGAAAUCUAAUGAGAGAAAGUACAUUCUAUGUUUAAUUCUUUGGGCUUUCCAGUAAAUAUUUUUUCUGGUUUAUUGUUAAUAUUUUUGUUUAUUCUUUGCCAAAUUUUGUUAUCAACUUCCAUAAAAGUAGGAUCUCUUUUAAGAAAGUGUAUAUAGUAAAUUUAAUGUGGUUUUAUGUUCAUUUUUAUUUGAACAUCUAAUUUAGAAAAUAAAUUGAAAUCUGUAUUCUGUUUUACAAAUAACUAUCAGGAUAUGUAUUUCAAUUUUAUAUUCUAUUCAUAAGUGAAUGGAUUUAUUCAAAACCAGCUAUACUUUUCCCCAGUGCACAAUGUACCCUGUUACAGUCCUGUCUAAUGUGGCUUUCCUAUCCUAAGGGUUGAGUAUGUAACUAUAAGAUAGUUUCUCUUCGUGAGCCUAUUGAGUUCAGUAGUUCCAGGGGUGAGACAGCCUCAGACUUGGCUGUCACUCUAUCAUCCCAACCUAGCCUUUUUUUGUUGAGUCUCAGACUCUUGUGCCCUGGCUAUCUUCAAAAUUGUUAUCUUUUGGAUCUCAGCCUCCUCUUGAGUAUCUAUGAUUACAGACAGCAGCCCCCUCUACUUGACCAAUUUCACUAGUUAUCUUCUUUGCCCAUACUGACACACCACUAAGCGAUUGAGGUACAUAUAUGACCAGCAUUGCUUUGUGUGUUAAUGUACAGUGUGGGCUUGGAUUUUCCCAGAGAAGAUGCUGUGACAUACAUUUGUCAGUGUUGUGUGGUUGUCUUUAGGAUAAUUGAGAAAGCCAGUAGAUGUGUGACAGUGGGUUCAGGUGAUCAGGUGAAUUCAAGCUGUUCACAGUAAAGCAACAUUUAAGAGAAAAAAUUUUCUAUGUA